AUGUGCCACACCUCUCCCACCCUCCCAGAGGCUCUCAGCUAUCUAGAGGGGAGGCUGCUGGUGUCCUCGCUGACUCGCUGCUACCUCUGUGAUACUGACCGGGAGAAGUUCUGGCGGAUCGGGAACAAGGAGCGAGACGGGGAGUACGGCGCCUGCUUCUUCCCAGUGGCCCGGAAUGCCGGGAGCCCACAGGCACUGAUCUACUGCGCCCGUCCUGGUUCGAGGAUGUGGGAAGUGAAUUUCGAGGGGGAGGUCCUGAGCACUCACCAGUUUAAACAGCUGCUGGCCUCUCCGCCCCUGCCCCUCAUCACUCACAGGUCCGAGCCGCAGUAUGGAACCUCACCCUGCUCUCCUCAGUCAAUCUCCUUCCCCAGGCUGCUGUUUCUCAGUGAUCAGUAUGUCCUGACCUGGACGGAGAGAGGAAUCUAUGUCUUCUUGCCUCAGAGUGUUCAAGUCCUGCUGUGGAGCGAAAUCAAAGAUGUGCAGGAUGUUGCGGUGUACCGGAACGAGCUAUUCUGUCUCCACGGUGAUGGGCGCCUCUCCCACCUGUCGCUGAUGCCCGUGGAACGCUGCGUGGAGCGUCUCCUUCGCAGGGAGUCCUGGGGCCUGGCCGCCACUGUUUGCUGCCUGUUCCAGCACGCCGUGUCCCCCAGCAGGGCUCGUAAGUCUCUCCCGAUCGACCGACUCGAGCACCUUAAAGGUCAGUUGGACAGCUCCACCCAGCACGAGCUGAUUGGUCAGCUGGAGGAAGUGAUCUCAAAGCUGGAGCCCUUUGACUCCGCCUCCAGCAGCAGGAGAAGCAGCAUUUCCUCCCAUGAGAGUUUCAACGUGCUGGACUGUGGGAUUUACCGAGUGAUCAGCAGGAGGGGCAGCCAGUCGGAUGAAGAGACCAGCUCCCUCGUCAGCCAGACCUUGUCCGAGGAUGAGAGGCUGAGGGAGUUCAAUUCCGCCCAGGAGGAGGAGCCACCAGCAGAGCAUGACACCCCGCCCCCCCCCAGCGAGCGUGUGGAAGCCGAUCGGACCGACCCCCUCCUCCAGUUCCACAUCCCCCUGUCAUUCCGCCCCACUCCUCCACGUGUCGCCCUGCAGGCUGUCAAAGACAGCGUGUCCAGCUUCAUGAGGAAGACCACAGAGAAGAUCAACACCCUCCAGAUGCCCUCUGACCUGUGGCCCAAACCAGACGGGAAAGAGGGGGGGCAGCCGUGUGAGGCCGUAGUAACCGUGGUAACCUACCUAGAGGAGCAGGAGCAAGAGGAUUGUACAGACAGGCCCCCUGCUGAGGAGGAUGAGCUGCGGGGCCUGAAGGAGGCGACAGCGCGGGCAGUGGCCCAGCUCCAGGACCCCCUAGUCUUGCUGAACACAGACAGCCUCCUGGAGGUCCUGAGAACUUGGCUUCCAGCGCUGGAGAGAGCCUGGGGUCUGCCGGAGGACCAUGCAGAGAGAGGAGGGGAGGUGCAGAGUCCUGUACGACACUGGGGGGACGCAGUGGAGCCAGCGUGUAACCCACAGGAGCAUGCUUUGCGAGGGGGGGAGGACAGCAUUGCUGCAGCGGCAGAAGGGGCUUCAGGGCUGUCAGGGGAGCCAGAGGACAGCAGGGAGCCUGGAGACCAGAUUGAAGAGGCAGGGUGCCCUAACCAUGGGGGUGCCACGGAUCCCCUUGCAGCCUUUCUGACCAGCCCGCAGGAGCAUAGCGGGGUGUCUGAAGAUCCAGGCACUGACCCGGGAGAGACCAGGCUGGAGGGGGAGGGCUCCAGAGAGUGUGCCCCAGCCCCCCUGGUGUUAAUGCGAGUGACUCCCCCUUGCAAGCUGCCCCUGGAGCUUCACAGAGACCUGACCGAACUGGCCACGCUCUGCUUGGAGCUGGGCUGCUUCCACGGAGACGGGGCCGCGCCCUGCCGCUUCCUGCACGGGUUCUUCUUCCUGCUUGAUCUGGAGCGGGCCCGGCGGAGCUGCCUGAUGCGAUACAGGGACUGCCCUGCUGUGUGGGGAGCUUACACUGCCGGGCUCAAGGAGCUGACCCGGUCCAGUCCUGCUAAUGUAGUUCUGGAAGAAGGGGACCUACUGAAAUCCCUGCGGUACCUGAGAGCCCAAGAGCCCUGGGACGCAGCCCAGCUCCUCGCACACCUGUGCAGGCUGUACGAGAGGCAUGGAGAGCUGGCUUUGAGAUCCUUUGGCCAGUUCUAUCCCACCAUCAUCCCCGGUGAUGUCAUGGCCCUGUCCAGGGGAAGCCCCGCCCACUUCCUGGCUUACUUGGACAACCUUGUGAAGUGGAACCCUCCAGAGCAGAGGCUGUCUCUCGUUGGUUCUCUCCUUCAACCGGAAUCCCUGCGUCAGGAUUGGCUCGAGCUAGCGCUAUCCCAUGAUGCCCCACAGCCAGUAGACACUAUCAGCCCUGACGGAAACCCCAGGUCCCGCUCUCACCUGUUCUCCUGGGGCUAUGGGCAGCUCCUCUCCCUCCUCCUCAAACUCCCAGGAGACCUACAGUGCAAGGAGAAGAUGGCAGAGACCUGCAGAUCCCACGGGUUCUGGACUGGCUACCUCUACCUGUGCUGGCAGCUGGAGAGAAGGACAGAGGCUUUCUCUGUUAUCGUUAGCCUGGAUGACAUGGGUCUACUGGAGGGACCAAACGGUGUGAUGCCAGAGACCCUGGAAGAGUGGAAGUACCUCCUCCAGACCACGCAGAGCAAGGCUGACGAGCCCGCCUCCCCUUGCUCUCCGCACGGCAAUGGCCUGGCCAACGGCGGCUCUGAUUGGUCCAGCCACGUCAGCCUGGAGAACGUGACGCUCCUAUUGGCCAGGACGGUGGGGCCGGACCGGGCGCUGGCUGUGCUGCAGGAGUGUGGGCUGAGCGUGGAGCUGUCGGAGAGAUCAGCGCUGGUGUGUGAGAUCCUGAGGAUUGCAGAGAAACGGCAGAGGGCCCUGAUCCAGGCGAUGCUGGAGAAGUGUGAUCGCUUCCUCUGGUCUCAGCAGGCAUAGCGAGAAAAAAGCGCCUUCCGAGCAGGGACUGUCCGAGACUGACAGACGCUCCUCCCACCGUGCCUCGGCAUUUAAAUUCGGUGACUCUCGCCUUCAUGGCUUGAUAGCGCCUGAAAGAUGCCCAUACUUUUCUCCUUGUAUAAAAUACACCAGCUGUAUUCUCUCGAGUACUGUGUGUUUUAUGGCAGUGUGUGUUAAUUUAACUUUCUCGAUGGAUUCCUUUCUUAGUUUUUUGCGAAUGCUGACUUUUCACCCGGCAUACUGAGCCAGUCUGUAAACUGCUAUUGUACAGCACGUGCUCCUUUACCAGGAGUGACUUUGAUUUUAUAUAAAUUAUUAACUACAGUAUCGCUUGUAGUGCCCCUUAUGGUUUUUAUCGUAUUAAAAUGUGUUUUACAAACAGUAUUUAAGGUUAAUAUUUGAUCUCAGUAUUAACUGUACAAGCUGAUUAGUUGUAGAGUGACAAGGAAAGGUUUAAGAAGGCUUGCAGGAUGGAGGCAUAUUGUUUAUUGUAUGAUGAGAGAAUAUGUCACUGUUGUUGAACACUAGCGUAAAGGAAUUACCUGUUUCAACUACCUGUUUUUUUUUUUUUUUUUUUUUUUU